AUACACAUGACACAUAGUCACCUCAAUGUCAAUGCAGCAUGUCUCUUUAUUUUCUUUUUCUAUGUGCAACAGGGGAAAACAAAGGCAGUGCCAGUAGUAAGAAGCUAAUAUUGGCUACAAAGGGCAGCUGACCACUAUAUAUUUAGCACAGGGCCAGUGCAAAGGAGCAAUUUUAACCAUGGCAUGGGCUGGCAUUCCCUUUUCCCAAAGGCUUGUGGAUAGUGAAGAAGGCAGGGACGUGUGUGUGUGUGUGUGUGUGUGUGUGUGUGUGUGAGACAGAGAGAGCGAGAGAUAGAGGGGGGUGUAGUGGUGUGAAGCCUCAGUUCAGUAGCCGGAGCCAUUGGAGGUACAGAGCUCUCUGCAGUCAAGCAGCAUGUUUCUUUUCACUCUCGGACUGUAUUUACCUCUCCUCUUUCACUAUGCUUCAUCACACUCCUUCAUGGACAGCAUUUACUCCUUUCCAGCAGAGCUGGAAGCACUGGAACCCAGGAAGAAAUUUAACCCGUGCUGUUUACUGACUCCACCUCCACCCCCGUUGUUCCCCCCACCCCCGUCGCUGUGGCACAAGCCUCGGAGAGACCAUGGCAACGUAUGGAGAAAUGAGAAUACAGAGGGAGAGGAUAAGAAGUCAACAGGCUCUACCUGCCGGGUGGGAGCACCCGGACCAGCCGGGCCAGCAGGACCUCAGGGUCCUCCUGGAUUACCAGGCCCAAAGGGACCAAAAGGAGAAAAGGGAGAAAUUGGGAGACCCGGACAAAAGGGGCGCACUGGAUCCCCAGGCUUGCCAGGGCGACAGGGACCAAAUGGAUGGCCAGGUCUGAGUGGGCCCAAGGGGGAGAAAGGUGACUCUGGACUGAUGGGCUUGCCUGGAGCACGAGGACCAAUAGGACCCAAGGGAUUGCCUGGAUACAAAGGAGAAAAGGGCUCACGGGGUGACCGAGGUGAAGCUGGCCAAAAGGGUCAGAAGGGCACAAUGGGUCUGCCGGGAAUGCUUGGUCAGAAGGGUGAAAUGGGCCCAAAAGGAGAGUCUGGCAUCCCAGGAAGCAGAGGACCCACUGGGCAACCAGGAAAAAGAGGCAAACAGGGUCCAAAGGGAGACACUGGUCUCACAGGACCAAUGGGACCAGCAGGCCCUCAAGGACCCCCUGGUCAUCCAGGUCCUCCUGGUCUGCCUGCUUCAGGGCUGUACGUGGUGGGGCCAAAAGGGGAGAAAGGGCAGCCAGGCAACCCAGGCCAUUGUGGUUGUAACUCUCUUGUGAAUAUGAACAACCCUUCUAGCUCAUUUGACCAGCAAUCCAGGAGCAGCUAUCCCAGAGUGCCAGCGAUUUUUGUGGUGAAUAAUGAACAAGAACUGGACCGUCUCCACACUGAUAAUGCACUGGCUUUCCGUAAAGAUCAGAGGACUCUAUAUUUCAAGGACACUGAUGGAUGGUUGCCAAUUCAGCUAACGCCAUUUCAGUCAACUGAGCAUGCUCCAGAUCAGGAUGGUUUCUGCGGGGAUGGCAUUGUGCAGGUGGAGAAUGGAGAGGAGUGUGAUGAUGGAAACAAGGUGGUCACAGACGGCUGUGUCAAGUGCAGACAUGCAUACUGCGGUGAUGGCUAUCGGUACGAUGGAGCUGAGGAGUGUGAUGGAAAAGACUUUGGAUAUCAAACCUGCAACUCUUAUCUGCCUGGAUCUUAUGGACAUCUUAAAUGCACUGUUGACUGUUUCAUUGACUCCACAAGCUGCAAGUAUUUUACAUGAGAAGACAAGAAAACACAUGGAGCCCCACACUGUCUUGUGAAAGUAGCAGGGAACAAGACUGAAGGCACUGCAAACAAACAGACAAUUAAAAUACCUUUGAUUUGGGGGCAGGGGGAUACAAACAUGCAUAUUAUACUAGUUUGUUGCAAUGCUGCCAAGAAGAAGCCACAUAGUUCACUGGAAAAAGAGCACUCUGCUCAGUCAUGGCAACCACACAGGACCCAUUGCUCUCUGUCUUAAGGACUCAACCAGGAUGCUGUUCUCUUUUCUGUUCAGCCUUCUCUCUGCGGUGCUGGACACCUGCCUGACAUUCUGCUUAGAUGGUUUGCCAUGAAUUUGCUGUCUUGAAAAGGCAAGCCUAGACUAGACUUAAUACCUCAAUGUACAACUUUUCCACAAGUAGGCCAUUUUCUAGUGGCCCACCCCUCCAUCUCUUUCCCAGGGUGCUGUUGUAUUUGGACUGCAAUGUGAACCAAUUAGCAUUUUGCAUGAGGGCUUGGUUGGUUGAAGUAUGGUGUAAUAAGCUAUCAUGGCAUUUAUCUAAGGCCAAAAAACCCACUUGACUCACUAAAGCUAUGUACAUAGACUGUAUGGCCUUGACCAAAUGAGGAAACAAGGCUUCACGUGGGAGUGUCUCACCUCAAUAGAGGAUUGGGUAAAACCAGCUGCCUGUGUUUUAGAGCUUAGUCCAUGAUGCUAAUGCUGAGUGGAUCUCUUCCACGGUGCUAAGCCAAGCACAGGGCUGUAAAAAAAGGUCAGAGAAGCACUGUCCCAAAAAACAAUAGAAGGAAUUAGAUAGAGCUCAUAAUGUUCCUUAUGUGGAGGUGUUCUAACUACAGCCUUGUUUAGGUCAGGGUUAGGUUUUAGCUAGACACCGUCAUUCUUACCUCAGGAACUCUCUGAGUCAUCUCAUCAUUAGAGCUGGUCCACCAUCCCCAGGUGGAGCAAGGCUUACAUAUUCCAGUAUUCUUAAGCUGCAUCUAACUGCUAAUGUCACUUGUCUAUUAUGUGUAUUGCUGUAAAUGCUUCAAGAUUUGAUGAAGAAAAAAUUCUGAUCCUUUGGGAUCUUGACUCUAUGCUUAUUUAAGGUGGUAACUGAAUCACAUAUUAUGGCUGUCAAACUGUUAGAAAAGAUUUCUAUACUGUCAGUUAGCUUUGGCAGGGGAAGUCUAUCGCUGCUAUCUAGUAGGCUAAAGACUGUUGGAGUUAACCUGAAUUAACAGUUACUGACCAUUUUUGUCAUAAUUCUUAGACUGCAUAUGUAGCAUGAACUUUCUGGUCAAAAGAUGCAACGCAUCAUAUCAUAUAUCACUGUUCUUGUAUUGUGACAUUUUUUUAUACAGUCUAUUGAAAACUACUGUAUGUGUUUUUCAUACGCUAACAGCAUCAUUUGAGACUUCUCCAUACUUAGUGAUUUCUGGAAGUGAUAUACUAUUUAUGUCUACAGAUCUAAUGUAUAUGAGAUAAAGUGUCUUGAACUUGCAUCAGCAUGUUAUUACUACUGUAUAUGCUCACCAUGAAGGUAAAGAUCGCUAUAUUACAGCUGAUUAUGCUAUGUUAUUUCCAGUAAUAGUUUGUGUUUUUAUUAUGUCUGAUGUUUUUUGCCAAGGUAUGACUGUUAGUGAAAUGCAUUGGGUAUCUCAUGGACUGUUAUCUUCUCUUUUCAAUGAUUCAAGCAAGUAUGUUAAGAUGUAUGUUAUGAUGUGUACUGCACUAUAUACAAAAGAAAAUGGCUCAGUAAGCAUUCACUGGUGCUGUUGCAUGUUGAGAUAAUGCAGCAAUGAAUAUUCUGUGCUACUGUAAUGUGGAUUAUUAUGAAAUUCAUGUUUGAUACAGCCAUUAAAAUAAAGUUUAUAAAGCUACAUUAAAUUGUCCUAUAUAUAACUGUUCUCCCCUUUGUGGAUCAAGUCCUUGUCAUGGUGAAGGGGCUUGUCUACUUUGGUGAACUUCAGGGCUAUGUCGUCAGGAGCUUAAAGCUCCCAGUACAUUCACAUUUGGGGAACAGAUUAGAGAAGAGAGGUCAAUAAAAAGCAAUUAUAAAGAGCCCCUUGAAAGGGACAAAAAGACAACUUGCACCCUGUAUGGAUUAGGGUUACUGGGACUUACAGGGUUACCCCCUGGAGCCAGGCCUGUGGGUGUCAGCAGACAAACAUUCGGUGAUUGCGCCACUCAAGUAACCUGUUUGGGGUCAACCUGAAUAACGACUUGGAGCCAUCUUAUGGGCUGACCGCCUGCAACAUGAAGGGUGAGGGUCAGGUGCAAUACCAGUCAGAUGGCAGGCAUGUGAUAAACAGUCUUGGACGGACAAGACCCUUGGAAUAGAAAUUGGAUGGGACAUGGAAUGUGACUUCACUGCAGGGGAAAGAGCCGAGAAAGUCCGAAAGUGCGAGAUGGGAAGGUAUGGGCUAGAUAUAGUUGGCCUUAAAUCUGGACACAGUAAGGGCUCCGGGAUGAAACUACUUAAAUGGGUGUGAUCUCUCUCCAACUCCAGAGUUCCCACAGGAGAUAAUCCUAAGAUGGGUAUGGGGAUACUCAUCAGUCCCAGGAUGAGGGCCUCACAUUUGGAGUUUUUCCAAGUUGACAAGAGGGUUGCUUCCAGAAGAUUGCAAGAAUCAGGAAGCAAAACUAACUAGCUGUCUGUGCACUUGAACUUUUAUGAUGUAUUGUGGGCAUGAAUACAUGCAAAUGAGCUGUGUCGGGAACAUGCUUUGCACUUUACAGGUGGUCAACAUAUGCAUAUGAGUAUAAAGAAAAUCAGCAUUUCCAAAACUUUUGUAAAUCUGGCAGAAAAUAUUUGUUUGCUUUGGCUUACACACAACUUUACUAAAAUAUUGAUAACUGGGGCCCAUUGAGUCUGAAUAGAUCAUAUUCAAGUCCUCCAUUAUAGAGGCAGCUGCAAGAAGCUAGCCAGAAUGCUGUCACGGCAAUAACCCUAGGACCUGCUAGUGGAGGGGAGUGGUCAAAUUAAAGAGGGAGGCUUUCUGAAUAAUACUCAUGGAGGUCUCAUUCAACUGAGCCAUAUAGGAGAACCAGAAUACCUGUGGCAAAAGCAGAUGCAGAAGGGAAAACACAGACAUAAGAGUCCAUCUCUGUGGCUGAGGUUACUAUGGCAAUAAGAAACCUUCAUACUGGCAAGGCAAAGCUGCAAGGUGGAUGAGAUAUGGCCGGAGAUGUUGAAGAUACUGAAUAAGGUUGAGACUGGACGGCUAACACGGCUUUUUCAGGUUGCAUGAAGUACAAGGGCAGUGCUGUUG